UCGUCCAAUCGGAAUCUGCCUUCGUCGUGACGAUCGAGGUGUGCACGGAAAGAUUCGGACUCGAUGUUGAUCUCGGCGAAGCCCUCGUCGAUUCCGUCGUCCUGCCCCCUUGUGCCGCGCAGUGGCGGACGGACGCUGAGGUUUUGGAUCAAAGGGAACGAGUUCGCGGAGAAAUUUCGCUCCUUUUCCGUCCAUCCGUUCAUUCUGCGCUGCGAUUUCGCUCGGAUCAAAUCUAGUUCUGUACAUGAUUUGCGGAGGUGUAAAAGCAAUCUUGAAUCCUUGUUCUGUUAUGACAAGUCCUUUACCGAAGAGGAUAUUGAGCAGCCUGUUGGUUUGUCUGUGGAGAAAAAGGAAAUAGGGAAUAACCCACCUUGCACUAUAUGUGAAGUAAAAGGUGUUGUGCUAUGUUCUACAUGUGCAGGCUCAGGUUUAUAUGUUGAUUCGAUACUGGAGAGCCAAGGCAUCAUUGUGAAAGUUAAAUGCCUAGGUUGUGGAGGCACCGGGAACAUCAUGUGCUCAAAAUGUGGAGGGCGUGGUCAUGUUGAAAUUCACUAGGAAUGCAGGUUUCCUUCAACUUUUGGUACACGAGAAAUGGCUUCUCUCUCGACCGUCGGAGAGUCGGACGUGGUACGGAUUUACAGGCGCAUGAGAAUCGUGGAACUAAUGAUUGAUUUUUCCUUAGAGGUAAAUACUGGAUCGAAAGUCAGGAAAGGACGAACAUUACCACUCAUGUUAUUUGAUCUUUGGACAAUUUGGAUCUGCGGAGGUGUCAAACUCGA